AUGUCAGACAAAGAAUUCAACGAAACUUUAAAACUGACGAGACACGCUCUCCUAAUAUCCGGGAUCAAAAUAUCCAACAAAACCAAGAACAAAGCGUUAGAAUACUUCAUAAACCACUAUUUAUUUUAUUGUAACUUCAUUGCACUGUACACAGUUAUAUUUGGUGAAACGUACUGGGUGGUGGCAGGCAUACGAAACAGGCUGCCAUUCGUGGAACUAUCCUUAAUAUCACCUUGUAUCACAAUAAGCAUACUGAGCACAAUAAAAACCUGGUUCCUCUUUAUAAAUAAAGGAAUUCUGCUAAAUGUGGUGGAGAGAUUGAAAGCCAUACAGCCGAUAGUGAACAAUGAUGUAUUAGACAAGACGGAUGCGAUUAAACGCAAGAUUGUAAGAGACUCAAUGAAGUUGUUAAAGUUCGUUCACGUAUCUCUUAUGACGGUUUACAUUUUCGUCUUUACAACGUUCUGCUUCAGCCCUGCUUUGCUUUCUAGUUACAAUUACUUUAAGACUGGAGAAUUUGCCUGCGUCUACCCAUACCAAGUUAAAUAUUUCUUUGAGGUGUACAAAUCUUCGUUGUGGUUUGUCGUGUAUGUGCAUCAAGUUUGGGCAACUGCCAUCGUUAUUUUCAGCGUAUACGGAUGUGACACUCUAUUUUGUGCCCUAUGUGUGUACAUUAAAAUGCAUUUUCGUUUACUCGGUCUUCAAUUUGAGAAUGCAGUGUCUACUUCUAUUAAUGAAACUAGGAAGAACUUAGGAAAGGCUGUAUUAAGACAUCAGGAACUCAUUGAUCUCGUUAACCAAAUGGAGGUUUUAUUUUCAAAAUCAUCCCUGUUCAACAUGGUCACCAGUUCGAUUCUCAUCUGCCUCAGCGCGUUUAACAUUACGGUAGCAGAUGAGAUGCGCUUCAUUCUGGCAUUCAUCACAUUCCUGAUGAUGAGUCUAUCGCAGAUAUCACUGGUGUGCUACUUCGCAGAUUUGCUGAUGAUAUCGAGCAUUGAAAUAAGUGAUUCUGUUUACAAAUGCCCCUGGUAUGAGGCUGAUGAAGAUUCUAAAAGGACCAUACUGUUUGUGAUACUGAGGUCCCACAAGGCAUGCAGACUGACAGCCUGGAAGUUUGCAGACCUCAAUCUAGGGGCAUUCACUACGAUCCUGAGCAGAUCGUGGUCAUACUUCGCUCUUCUGAAGACGGUGUAUAAGUAG